AUGGCCUCCGCAACACGUCGGAUACCCUUCUGGGCUUCUGCAUCUGUGGUUUGCUCUUUAACGUUUGUUGUUCUCCCAUCCAUAUGCUUUGCGCAGGAUGAUUUCGAUCUCAACAGUAGUAGCCCUACUGCAUCGUCGACCCCAGCAAAUAAUUCAAGCUCGACAAGCUCUGCAGCUGUACAGACACACACCAUUUCAGUCGGCCUGGCAGACCACAAAUUCAGACCUGAAUCAACAAACGCUAACAUUGGCGAUAAUUUGCCUUUUACCCUUUAA